AUGGGUUCUUCCGACGCUGCGCCGAAGCCGGUGUGGACAGCGCAGACAGACGGUGCUGAAGUUUUUCUAAUAGUGCUUUCGACUCUGCCGCACCCCCCAGAAGAACACUCGUCAUCCCCUGUUCCCUUCUUCCACCUGCUGGAGCGUCUGAAGACGACCAAGCGCGAGGGCUGGCGCCGGUUCGGCUUGGUCUAUGGCGAGUCGAUUUCGGACCACAUGUACCGCAUGGCGGUGAUGACGAUGCUGGCCCCGCCGUCGCUGGCGUCGCGACUGAACAUACCGCACUGCACCAAGAUGGCGUUGAUCCACGAUAUGGCCGAGUCGCUGGUGGGGGACAUCACUCCGGUCGACAAGGAGGUGACCAAGGAGGAGAAGGCGCGUCGCGAGGCGGCGGUGAUGGACUACAUCGAGUCGACACUGCUGAGCGGUGUGCCCGGUGGGCAGCUGUCCGGCGGGGAGAUCCGGCGCGUGUUUCAGGAGUACGAGGACAACGAGACGCUAGAAGCGAAGUUUGUGCACGACAUCGAUAAGAUGGAGCUGCUACUGCAGAUGGUCGAGUACGAGCGGACGCACGGUAUCGACCUGUCCGAGUUUUCCCACGUCGCUUCCCGGAUCCAAUUGCCAGAAGUGAAGGAAUGGGCGGCGACGGUGCUGAAGGAACAGGAGGAGUUCUGGAAGGCCAAAGCGAAAUCUUAG